AUUUUUUCCUUAUCUAUAUUCACCAGGACUGCAACAAGAUGCCAGUGUUAGCGGAACCAGAGCAAGGCAAGGCUGAGGGUGAAGCAGAAAGCCAGCCCAUGGACACCAAUGAGUCCAUACCUCAGGAACCCUCGACUCCCACAGCACAACCCAGGCUCCUGAUCACGCAGAUUGUGACUGAAAACUUCAAGUCUUACGCAGGCAAAGUAGUCCUCGGCCCGUUCCAUAAGAGUUUCUCUUGCAUUAUUGGGCCGAAUGGAAGUGGAAAGUCUAAUGUCAUCGAUUCCAUGCUGUUCGUCUUUGGCUACCGUGCUUCAAAGAUUCGAUCCAAGAAACUGUCAGUUCUCAUCCAUAAGUCGGAGGAUCACAAGGACCUGAAGAGCUGCACCGUAGCUGUCCACUUUCAGAAGAUCAUUGAUACAGGGGCCGGGGUCGAUGAGUACGAAGUGGUACCCAACAGUCAGUUUGUGGUGUCAAGGACAGCGCACAAGGACAACAGCAGCAGCUACUACCUGGACGGAAAGAAGGUCAACUUCAAAGAAUGCACGGCUCUCCUCAGGCAAGCUGGAGUAGACCUCGAUCACAAUAGGUUCCUCAUCCUACAGGGAGAGGUCGAGCAGAUAGCCAUGAUGAAACCCAAAGCCCAGACAGAACAUGAGGAAGGCAUGCUAGAAUACCUUGAGGACAUCAUCGGAAGCAACCAGUUCAAGGAAUCCAUCGAGGAGCUCGCAAAGAAAGUAGAAGAACUCAAUGAGGAAAGGGGCGAAAAGUUAACCCGUGUCAAGGCAGUGGAAUCAGAGAUGGAAGAGUUGGAGAAACCAAUGAAAGAAGCCCAGGAAUUCCUCAAGACUGAGAAUGAGGUGACCAAGAAAAAGAACAAACUCUACCAGAAGUACAUCUCUGAGUGUAAUGAGAAUGAAGCGAAGGCCCAGGAGAAGAGGAAAGCUGUCCAGGAUGGACUGAAAGAGAUGGAGGAAGGUCUCAAAACUCUGGCUUUAGAGAACAAAGAGAAGAUCAAGGAACACAAAAAACUCUACAAACAAUAUGAGAAACUUGCAGAAGUAGCAGAGCAGAAGAAGGCAGACUUUGCUGAAUUUGAGAGGCAAGAUGUGAAAUGUCGAGAGGACCUGAAACACACCAGAGAAAAACAGAAGAAACUUGUCAAGAACUUGCAGAAAGAGAAGACAAAGCUGGAAGGAUUACUGAAAGUCCCCGGGGAUAGUGAGAUUGAGAUUGAGGAACUUGAGAAGCGUAAAGUGAGUCUGGAGGAGAAGCUAAAAGUAGAAGAGGGUAAGAUGAAUGAUAUCAUGGCUUCUCUCAAGACAGAGACAAAGGGAUUACAGGCAGAGAAGGAGGCUAAAGAGACAAAACUGAUGGGCUUCCAGAAGGAGCUGAAUGAAGCCAAAUCACAGAAGACGAUUGCGGACUCAGAACUCAAUCGUCAGCGCAAGAAGGUAGAGGGCGCCAGAUCCAAGCUUGAAAAGGCACGUGACAACGUGAAGACCAUUGCUGAGAAUCUUGUGGAAUGGCAAAGCACUAUCAAGAACCUUGAGAAAGAGAUUCCUGAGAUGGAAAGCAAACUGGUAGCUUCAGAGAAGGAGCUUGUUGAGGUCAGGGAGUCUGAAGGAAAGGCUAGCUCAGGGCUGAAGGAUCUUACCGUGAAGGUGCAGGAGGCGCGAAGCUCAAUGCAGUCAGCCAAGGAUAAAGGUACUCUCAUCUCCGCCCUCAUGGAACAGAAAAGGCUCGGCAAGAUCAGCGGCAUUCAUGGACGAUUGGGUGACCUUGGAGCCAUCGACGACAAGCACGACAUUGCCAUCUCUACCGCCUGCGGGGCGCUGGACUACAUAGUGGUCGAUACCAUCGAGACUGGGGAGAAAUGUGUUAGUUUCCUGCGUCAGAAUAACAUUGGUGUAGCCACAUUCAUCUGUCUCGAUAAGAUCAGACAUCUGGAGAGGAGUGCUUCAUCCAAAAUGACCACACCUGACAACGUGCCUCGUCUGUAUGACCUGGUGCGUGUGAAGGAGGAGAAGUUCCGCAUUGCGUUCUACUACGGUCUUGGAAACACCCUCGUCGGCAGAGACUUGGAACAAGCCACCAAGAUCGCCCUUCAGGGUACAAAGCGCCAUCGUGUGGUGACGCUUAAAGGAGAGUUGAUCGAAUCUUCAGGUACAAUGAGCGGAGGAGGCAAGCAGGUCAGCAAGGGUCGUAUGGGAUGCACUAUCGUCUCCGACGUCACCCCCGAGCAGGUGGCUGCCAUGGAGGCCGAGCUGGAGCAGUGCAGGGUGUCGGCCAGCCAGAAGAGGGACAGGCUGAGGGAACUGGAGGUGGAAGUCAGCCAGUUGGGGAAGAAGCUGAGGGAGGCCAAGCUUGCUGUCAAGAAACACAGUAUGGGGAUCAAGGCUAAAACAGAAGAGCAACAGCUUCUGAAAGAGCAGAUUAUUACAUUUGAAGCAGAGCUAAAGGAAGCUGAGCAGGAGACAGAUUUCAAGACAUUGGAGAAAGCUGUUGAACAGGCUAACAAAGGAUAUGAAAAGGUCACAAGUGUGACGUCCAGCAUCGAAGCUGAAAUCAAGAAACUUCACAACCAGAUCAUGGAAAUAGGCAGUAGUAAGAUGAAGUCCCAACAGGCGAUUCUGGACAAGCUGACCUCUGAUAUUGACGGAGCAAGCAACGGAAUCACCAAGGCUAAUGUUGCCAUCAAGACAGCCAAGAAGAACAUCAAGCGAUGCGAGGAGAGUCUAGAAAACAUGGAGAAAGAAGAGAAAGAGAAUGCGGAGAUGGUGACAAAGAUCGAGAAGGAAUUCAAGAGGUUGGAAGAAGAUGCUACUAAGGUGCUUGAAGAAUUUAAAGAGUCAGAGAUCCAGCUUAAAGAGAUGGAAGGGACACUGGAAGAGAGCAAAGUUUCGUUGGCCGAGUUUCAGCAGAAGGAGGCGGAAACGAAGGCUAAACAGUUGGAGGUUAAACAUGAGCUGGAGUCCUAUGAUGGCACCAUUAAAGAGAACCAACAGAGAAUAAGGCAUUGGAAGAAAGAAUUGGGCAAGUUAGAGCUUCACAUCCUAGACCGAGAGAACCCUGAGACACUGCCGGAGUAUACACCAGAAGACCUUGCAUCGGUCAACACUGAGGAUGUUCAGUAUGAGAUCACUGUGGAUGAAGAACAGAUCGCUAAGAUGACGCCAAAUCUCGCUGCUAUUGAGCAGUAUAAGAAGAAGGAAGAGAACUACCUGCAGCGGGUUGCCGAGUACGAGGCGCUGACCGAGAAGCGCAACGAGCAGCGCCGCCAGCUAGAGGACAUGCGUAAGCAGCGACUGGACAUGUUCAUGCGUGGCUUCAGCACCAUCAACGACUACCUCAAGGAAAUGUACCAGAUGAUCACCCUGGGUGGCGAUGCCGAACUGGAACUCCUGGACAGUCUGGAUCCCUUCUCAGAAGGAAUCGCCUUCAGCGUGCGUCCUCCCAAGAAAUCUUGGAAGGUGAUUGCCAACCUGUCUGGAGGUGAGAAGACUCUCAGCUCACUCUCUCUCGUCUUUGCUCUGCAUCAGUUCAAACCAAACCCUCUCUACGUCAUGGACGAGAUCGACGCCGCCCUCGACUUCAAGAAUGUGUCCAUCGUCGGCCAUUACAUCAAGGAGAGAACCAAGAAUGCACAGUUCAUCGUGAUCUCCCUGCGAAACAACAUGUUUGAGUUGGCCGACCGCCUGGUGGGAAUCUACAAGACCCACAACUGCUCCAAGACCGUCACCGUCAACCCCCGCAAACUGGCCAUCAAGAACACCGUAGAGGUCUCGGGUUAAUCACAAAGGAUAGUUGAAUGGAAUAUGCUAUUGGGUAGUUAUAUCCAGGGAAACUGCAUAUUUAGUGGGAGAGUGUUGAUUUGUGGUGAAUGAGCCCCUACAACCACUAUUUGAGUAUCAUGAAAAUGAUAUUAUGGUUCAUGCUCAUGUUCGAAAGUUGUUAUGACUUUGAACCAGUACAAAUGAGUGAGUUGUACAUGUAUAUACGCUUAGCAAAUAUAUAUAUUGUACAUAAUGUAAAUAGAGCCUUUUUAUCGUAUGGCCUACUUCAUGGAGCGAAUAUCAUGCACAUAACCUGCAUGCUGCCUUCUAAUGACGAAAGGAAGUAACUCCUUUGUCUUCAUUUGGGAUAUUGUCUGUAUGCUCUAUACACUGUACAUGAUGCUAUGAAAGGAAUUGAAGUCACAUACCUGUAGGUCUGAAUUUGAGAUUCUGAAAUAUAGAUGUUUCAAAAGCGAGUACCUCUUUAUGUCUCCAUACAACAUUGACACAUUUUCCUCAUUUACUAACAAACUUAUUCCACAGAGUUGCAUUCCUUUUGUGAUGGGACAGCAGCAUUAUUUCUUAGUAUGAAAUUUGUUGGGGCAACAAAUGAAUGGAAGUUAAAGGACAAGUCCACCCCAAAAAAGGUGAUUCGAAAUGAAAGAGGUAAAAUCCACCAAGCAUAACACUGAAAAUUUCAUCAAAAUCGGAUGUAAAAUAAGAAAGUAAUGACAUUUUAAAGUUUCGCUUAAUUUCCCAAAACAGUUAUAUGCACAUCCUGGUCGGUAUGCAAAUGAGGUGACUGGUGAUGUCAUCCACUCACUAUUUCUUUUGUAUUUUAUUAUAUGAAAUGUUCUAAUUUUCUCAUUGUCUAGUGAAACAACGAUUACUUCCUCCCUGAACAUGUGGAAUUAGCACUGUUUAAUAUUAUAUGGUUCUGUCAAGUUGGUCCUUAUUGUCAAAUCUAUAAAAAAUGAAAUAUUGUAUAAUUCAAACAAUAAAAACAAAAGAAAUAGUGAUAGACAUCAUUGGCUGUCUGAUUUGCAUGUCACUGAGUUGUGCAUAUAACCGUUUUCUGCAAAAUAAGCGAAAAUUUAAAAUGUCAUACCUUUCUUAUUUUACAUCCGAUAUUGAUGAAAUUUCAGCAUGAUGCUAGUUUGAUUUUUCUCUAUUUAUUCAAAUCAACAUUUUUAUUGGGUGGACUUGACCUUAAAACAUCUGGGCAUCAUAAUAAACAAAUCAAUCUCUGUGUGUAGUCAGUGAACCUAAAGGUCUGGGGUUUUUUUGCAAGUAAGACUCAAAUAAAAUAAAAUUGACCUUGCGAUGCAAAUUUUAUUUGUGAUGUAUGGUUUAGGUCAAUGCAGGAUUCCUAGGGAAAGACGCGGCUCUGAAUUUUGAAAAGGCGUCUAAAUAAAUGAUAGUUAAAUAUACAUGUACAGUAUGUAAAAUUUUCUAUCUGCUAAUAUAAACUAUUUGCUAGUCAUUUGCAUGGAAGCUGGGAUAAUUUUUGAAGUGAAAAUUAAUUAUUGUCAAAACGUACAGACAAAAACUGACCAAAACAUGAAUUUAUGAAAUGUCGAUAUCUUCAUGCAUAAAUAUCUAUACAACACUUCAUUUACUGUAGCAUGUAUGUGAAAAUAUAUGACUGUGAGGUAAUACGUUUCCAACUUUUCAAUUGUACAUAGUUGCUGUAAUGAUAGAAUUAUGUAAAUACAAUAGUUUGACUUGAUUUGUUAGAUGCGUGUACAAAGAUUUUAUAAUCAUGGCGCUGGAAUUGGUUGUAAAUAAAUACAUUUUGCUUAUUCUAUUCAAAA